CCAUCUUGUAAGAGUUGCCUGUCCGUAGUGUUUGGAGGUUUACGCGAGACGGGACAGCAGCUUCUCCGCCGGAGGCUGGAAGUGCUGCUGAAGUGGUCCGUGCAACGGUCCUUGGCAGUCCCUGGGCGUCCAAGUGACCUCGCGCGAGGCCAGGGUACCAUCGAGCCGCCGGGACAGCCGCUAACGGAUCCUCCUGCGCAUUCGAAUCCGUCGAAAGAUGAACUGAUUUGAUUGUUGUAUAGAGUUCGGCUUCGACCGGUGGUACGGAGGGGUCUAGUCCUGCCUCUAGCCCUGCCUCGGCCGCGAGUCUUACGAUGGCUGCGCCGAAAUACGGUACGUUGGUACCGAAUCGUAUUUUCGUAGGUGGCAUCUCGGCAAGCACCAGUGAAGCAGAGCUCGCACAGCUUUUCUCGGCCUACGGCAAUGUCAAGGCCACGAAAAUUAUCUCAGAUCGCGCUGGCGUGUCAAAGGGCUAUGGCUUUGUCACCUUUGAAACAGAGGAAGAAGCCAAGCGACUUCAACAAGAGGCCGAAUGCAUUGUUUUGAGAGAAAGGAAGCUUAAUAUUGCACCCGCAAUCAAGAAGCAGCCCUUCUCUAGAUCCUUCGACGGUAGUACCGGUUCGCCUCCUUCCGUGCCUACAAGUACUUACUAUUAUGCGAAUGGUAUGGGUCUCGCUUAUCAGAAUGGUAUGACGUUCUACAAUACGGCAGCUCCCGCACCAGCGACUUCUAUCGCUCCACCUACGGAUCCAGGAACGAUUUAUCAAGCCACAGGAGUGUUUGGUCCUCAAGCUGCCACCAACCAUCAAACAUUUGCUCCUGUAAUGUAUCCAUGUCCAGCCCCAUCGCUGUACAUGCCGCAACAAUAUCAGUAUUCGCCUAUGCCGUACGAACCGUACUACGCAGGAGCUGCCGCCGCCGGGGCACCUCAGUAUUUGUACGCUACUACCGGCGGUUCGCCGAGCAAUACGAGCAACGGUGGUGGUGGUGGUGGUAGUGGCAAUAAUUCCGGUAGCAACGGCAAUAACGGUACAGGCGCGACCAGUCCGCCAACGGGCCCGCCGCCGCCUCUCCCACCUCCGCAUCCAACGCACUUUUAUGCAUCUGCCGCACCGCCCCCGCAUCAUCAUCCACCUGUGCCAGCAGGUCCGCCUCCUCCCCCAGCGCAAGUGGAUCAUUUGUAUUAUCCUUUUGCAACUGGACCGCACCCCGCGCUGCCGCCGCCGCCACACGCGCCUAUGGGAUUGACUGAACAGCAACUAUUGCUAUACGCUACGGACGCCACAUCGUGCCAACAAACUUCCACGUCUGACAGUCAGACUGCUCCACAAGAGGAUUCACGUCCGACGCCGAGCCACUCGGAGCAACCGCACGGUGAAACGCAACAGGCCUCUUCAGGCUCACCGGCAACGUCUUUGGUGCCCCUAAUGCCCGUCAAAUUCCCCGUGUCCGGUCGUUACCAUGCUAAUUAUCAUCCGAUCGCGAUACACACUGCACCGCAGAACGAUAGCGAGGACUGUGCCGCCAGUCCGAUGCAUUGUCGCGCCAUUCUCUAUCAUCCGACCGUGUACAUUUCUCAUGCACACGCACCGCCGCCCUAUACGCAUCACAACGCAUCAUCCGGCAGUCUCCUACCGACACCAUUCUCGGCCUCACCGCGUCAAUCCAACUAUGACAUCAACACGAAGACAUACAGUCACAAUUCCAGAGACUGCGGCGGCAAUAAGUAUAUGGGCGGUCAGGGAGGUAAUAACGGUUUACGCGGUCAGGGAGGUCAAAGUCAUGGCUAUCCGCUGAAUACACACACACCCAAAUCACAAAACACACAGGGUGGUUCACAGUCGCACAACAGUGGAAGGUGUAGCGGAAACGGCGGGGCGGACGGUUACUCACACAAGUAUUCGACGAUAGCGAUGUCGUCGCGAUUACCAGUUCAGUACAAUAGGAGGACGGCUGGAUCAAAUGUGGGCUCGUCGGCGAUCCUCAGAUCCGGCAACGGCGGCUACGGCUCGAGUCAAACCGCACACAAGUUUAAUUACGCUACGUCUAAUUACGGUGGCUCGCACAAAUCGAGCAACGCGAAUGCUAUUCAUAGCUAUGAAUACUCUUCGAAUGGACGCGCGAGAAACUGCAGCGAUGAUCACUAUUACGAAAUCAGCGCGAUGGGUAACAACAAAUCGAUGGGCAAUGGUGGUUACGGUUCUACGGGUCGUAGAAAUUACCUGUCGAAUAACAACUAUAGAGGAGGCGCCGCUCGAUUGGACUUGCAUGUUGGAAGCGACAACAAUGAUCGGCCUAACAACAAUGACGUUUCUAAGACGGACAAUGCAGUCGUUAUCGUCACGUCUACGAUGUCGACGACGACGACAACGUUGUCCUCUCGCUUGUCUCCAGCCGAGCGGGCAAAUGUGGAUGCGUCGAAGGAUGCUCAGGAUAAACCGGCGAGCCCACCGCCAGCCCCAUACUCACCCAUGACACGACCCCUUCCAACUCUCUCACCACCCACCCCCCAGGUCCAGUUUUAUGCUCCGGUCCAGAAUCGUUAUCAGCCACCUUCCAUGUCUUCGUCGCAAUCGCAGCAGCAACAGCAACAGCCUGCCAACAGUCAACGUAGCCGAUAUUCCGUGGGUCAAACAUUGGCUAAUCGGAAACCAUCCGACAAAUACUCGAACGCUACCGGUUCAUCGCAGUCAACGAUGCUGCGACAAAGUGCCAAGUACAAGGUGAACGGUAUAAUGCAGACCGCUGCCACGACGAUGACGAGCAAGCUCGCCGACGACAGUUUGGGAGGCGCCGGCGACGGCCCUGGUAGGCUACCGAUAUCGCCACCUAGUACACCGCGGGCGAGCGGCCAUCCGGCGGCUGGUGAUCAGAAUCAGUUAAGCGAUACGUGCCAUCAGAUGCAGGCGCUGACUCUGUAGAUGCUUUCCAUCCACCCCCGCCCUCUUCCUUUUUUUUGUUCUCUGCGUCCCUUUUGUUGUCUUCUUAUUGAGAGUAUAUAUAAAUAUAUGUAUAUCUUAUAAGAGUCUAAAGAGAGAAAAAGAAGCCAUGCGCGACCUAAGAUGUGAUGGCUUGCAAAUUGUGAAAAACAGUAAAAGAAUCAAGAUGCAAUAUACACACAUAUAUACACAUACACGCUACGGUAUGAUUUCUCUGGUGAUCUCAGACUCAACAUAUUAAGAUAAAAUUAGACAUUCAAUGUAGAAACGAAAUCUUCUCGAGUUCAAUAGCUUUUUGAUCGGUUGAGCGUGAUUCCGACGAAAGCUCUGUACACGCGUGAACGCGAUCUACAGUUACGUAUAGAGAAAACAGGAUACGAUAUAUUAUUAAUUGUUACGUGAAAGAAAGAAAAGACGAAAGAAAGUGAGACGAAUGUGUGUAUUUAGAAAAAAAAAAAAAAAACUGACUUGAAUGAUAUCCGAUGGGAAAUGUGUAGCAGAGAAUUAAUAAAAAGAAAACUUCUAUCUUAAGCAUACACACAACAUAUACACACAUAGAUAUGUCAUUUACAUAUAUCUACGUUAUAUAAUAUAUAUAUAUAUAUAUAUAUAUAUAUAUAUAUAUGUAUAUACAUAUAUUAUAAUAUUACAGUAUCCGAUGUUAUAUGCGUGAUAGGCUCGACAAACCAUGAAUCUCGCGAGCAAGGCUAGAUUAGUUAGCAAAACAUAGAAGAAAAAAAAGAAGAAAUAACGUUAUCGUACAAAAAGAUGAGCGAUUUGUCAUGUGUUCAAAAACAAAAAAAAAAACAAAAAAAAAUAAAAGGAAAAACAAUGCAAAAGGGGUAACAAUGCAGGAGGGCGAGAUAGGAUUGAUUUCAUAAACGGUUGCUCAAGGCACUGCCACAUCUUCAUUCAUUUUUUUUUUUUUUUUUUUUUUAUUUACCCCGAAAGAUGCGGAGGUGGGGGAUGUACCCGUACGCCCGUACUUAUAAUUUUUUUUCUCUCGUUAGAGUAACCGUGAAUAUAUAUUUCAUCUCGCGUUCUUUUUCAAAUGUAGAGCGAGCUGAUAAUCGGAUUCGUUAUUCUUUUUUUCGUUGACAUAUUAUCCUGCGCUAAACGUUAUACAUGUUGUAGCUGUUAAAUACUGGGAGAAAAAAAAAAGAAAAACCGUGACCCAAGUACGAAAAAACGAAACGCCCCAUACCCAAAUGAAAAUAAGGUAAGAUAUUAAAAGAGGAGAGAAAUAAUAAUAAUGAAUUAAAAAAAUGUGUCGGCUGUGAGCUUCCAAGCAAAUAACAAUAAUUAAAUUAUUAUAAUAUUAAAGGUUAAAUAAUAUUCUACCUAAUUGUUACAAAGGUGGAUUUCUUUUACCUGUAAAUGUGAAACAAAUUUGUUAUCUCGUAUCUCACGUAGCUAUGAUUGUCCAUUUGAAGGAGAAAGAGAGAGAGAAAGACAUUAGAUUUGUGACGCCAUCAUAUAAAUAUUUCGCGGCGCGUACAUUAUCUGAAGAUUUGGUGACAUCCGUAUCGGUAGGUAGAAAACACACGAACGCGACAGAUAAGGGCCUAGAAGAAGGCGUAGAGAUAAUAUCCGAGCGAACACUGUUAACAUAAAGAAAUUAAUUUAUUGAAAAAGCAAGAGUGCCUUCUAUUUGUUUUCGUAAUUGUAUUGUUGAACAUUUGUUGCGUUACGUUCCGAGAGCCUCUAAUGUUGUUAUAAGAAAAAAAAGAGAUGUUUGAAGAAUUGUUGUUCCUCUAUUUAUUUAUUGAUUUAUGGGCAUACGUGAUGCUAAUAUGUCCAACUAUAGCCCAGCGAAUUCGGAAGUGUGAGAGUAUGAUACUGUAACAAUAUAGGUUUGGAGAACUUUGUAAGAAAGAACAAACGUCAAAAUACAGCAACAAAGUCGCAUGAUGACGUUGCUGUUUUGCUGAGAUAAAUAGAAAGAAGAGGAACGAGUGGAACGAGUUGCAUGAAUGAAUAUUAUUUGAAUGAAUGAAUAACUUAAGUAGAAAGAGGAAAAUAAAGAGAGAAACAGUGUGUGUAUGUGUAUGUGCAGUUUAUUGCAACACCUAGUACUCUACGUAUAGGCGGAACACAAGAAGCAUCCUCACAUGUGUACAUAUAUGUAUGUAUAUGUAUCCAUGAAUGCGUGUACAUUUAUACAUAUACACACACAUGUACGUAUGAUGAUAUGUAUAUGUAUACAUAUAUAUAUGUAUAUCGGAGCGAUAAUAUAACAUAUAUACCGAAGAUAUGCAAAAGAGAUACGCAUUAUUUAGUCGUGUGUAUUUGUGCUCGCGCGCGAAUCUGGAUAGGUGGCUGUGAUUUAUUGCGUGCAAGUACAGAUUUAAAUGUGAGCAUACGUGUGACUCGUGUAUCUACUCACACACAGCACACAUACAUAUUUCAUAUAUGUAUGUAUGUAUGUAUAUAUAUAUAUAUAUAUAUAUAUAUAUAUAUAUAUAUAUAUAUGUAUGUAUGUAUGUAUGUAUGUAUAUUAUACAUAUUAUAUGUACCUACAUAAAAAGAAAGAGCGAUAGAUUGUUAAAAAAAAGUGCAAUUCUAUGUUGAUUUUGGUACAACAAAGCUAACAACUCGAAUAUUGUUAGAUUAGUAAACGAGUAUUAAAAAAUGUGUACUAAAUUUAACGUAGAAUGGUGCUGACUUAAUCGAAUAUAAAAUAUAUAUACAUAUAUAAUACAUUAAACAAAAUAUAUAUUAUAGUUUUAAUCUGAAGAGAAAAAAGGAGUCUAAGAUAGACACCAGAGCUAUAUGUAGUAAAAAUAUAGGAUCUACGAAUGUAUUAUACGCAGCACACAAUGAGUGUAGAUUCCGGAUCGUGGAAUGUCCUAGUACCCAUACGAAAAAAAAUUGAUAUGGAUAAAGUGAAAGCAAAGAGUAUAAGCUUUCAAGAACAAACAACUUAAUAUAAUUUAAUAUAGUUAUUGUCUCAGAGAGAUUGUUACUUCAUGAAGAAUAUUGCGAUUGUACUUAAUACGAAUACAUAUUAUUAUCACAAGACAUUUUCCGCAAAUUGAUGGCAAAAUUAAUUGCACACACUGGAUACAUUGGAUAUAAUCGGGAUUAAUAAGUAUUUAUUAUUGUGCCUUUGUUUAUUUUGGGUGACAUAAUCUCAAAAUGCUUGUAGUUUAUUUGAUAAGAUAUUUAAUUGUUUUUUUUAAAUUCAUUAAUUAUUAGAUUUAAUAAAGAUUAACACAUUGAUGUGCAAUGUAUCCACGUGGAAUUAUAAUUUGCUACGACGUAGAUAAGUAGAAUCGACCCAUUAAUUCUCCAAGAAGAAGCAUAAAACACGGUGCAUUCCACGAUUCAAAAGCGCGUACCGGUGAGAUAAAUUUAUGUAUUAAUAAACAUAAAUUAUACAUAAAAUGGCAUACAGGUUA